AGUCAGGAUUCUUUGGUUAAACAGGAGGAAAACGUCACAUGAAACCAGUUUGGUCCAAACGCAGCCGAGGGAUCGAGCCUUUGUCUUUUCAUCCUGGAGUGCAGAUCCCAGAUGUCCUUUUAAACACCCUUUGUUAUUUUUUAAUUGGUCCCCGGGGUGCAGCCCCUCACCCAUCUGCUCACGAGGCGGCCAAUCAGAUCAGUUCUUACCUGCGCUCUGAGCCACCUGGGCCUCUUGUUUACAGGUGUGUGCCAGGACGUCACCUGGGACAGACGGCGAGGAGGGAGGGACAGGUGCUGAUCCCGCUGUCAGCACAGAUGCCGUGACUCUGAUUGGUGGAGGAUGAGGUGGAAGCAGAUCUCAGGUCAGCGCUCACAGAGGGAAACUAAUCCCAAAACCACGAGACAGGAGGCUGCAGAGACACCUGGAGAAGUGAGAGCGCUCAGGUGGUCGACUGGCGGGAGGAAAACCUGCCAAAGAGCAAGACGAUAAACAAGGAGACAUCCAGGAGAGACACAAAGCAGAGAAAAGUUUGUUUUCCCACAGAAGACUGUCUCCAUCUCAAAGGGCCGUGGUGUCUGAAGGGUUUCUACAGAGCACGCUCAGUGGAAAACCAACCAGGAGUCUCUCAACAAGACAGGACAAUCAUGAUGUCGCCAGACGACCGAGCCCUCGAGGACCUGUUGUACGGCAGUGACCUUGGUGAUGAGGCGGAGGGGGCGGAGCUGGGCGGCGGCCCGGCCGGGGUGGAGGAAAGUGCUGCUGCAGGCGAUACUCCGACAGCCGUGUCCAUCCAGGAGCCAAUGAUGUGUGCCGGCUGUGGCGAGCAGGUGUGCGACCGCUUCUUCCUAUUGGCUGCAGGCAGCGUGUGGCACAGCGUCUGCCUCCGCUGCAGCCAAUGUCACUGCGAGCUGCAGACGCACCCUUCACUUUACUGGAGAGACGGAAACAUCUACUGCCAGCAGGACUACUGCAGGAUGUUUGGAGGCGGUCAAUGCGCUCGCUGCUUCCAGCCAAUCCCAGCUUCCGCUUUGGUCAUGAGGUCUGGUGAGCUGACCUUCCAUCCUCACUGCUUCUCCUGCCAGGAGUGUGAUGUGAAGUUAAUACCAGGGAACCUGUACUGCAUGCAGGGCCAGAACCUCUACUGUCAGUCCCAUUACCACGACGACGGGAGUGCCUCGCUAUCACACGAUCUCCAGCCCCAACCAAAUCUGAAAGAAGAGACAGCUCAAACUCAGGUCUCGGGUGAAGGGGAGGAGUCUGUGAGCAGUCCGGAGCCACGAUUGGAUGGCGGGGUGACGGGUGGGCGGACCCGCAGGCGGACCAAGCGAAUUAGGACAUGUUUCCGCAGCGAGCAGCUCAGAGCGCUGGAGUCAUAUUUUGCUCAGAAGCACAACCCUGACGGUAAAGACUGGACCUGCCUCGCACAUAAGACCGGCCUGCCCAAGAGAGUCCUGCAGGUGUGGUUUCAAAAUGCUCGGGCCAAACUGAGACGCUCCCUCACCACAGAUGACUCUCAGGUCAACUCGCCCUCCGCUCCCCCGAGGGGCGCAACCGUGGCGACCGGCUCCCCGCCCGCGGCCUGCUCCCCACCCGACCAAUCACAGCCCUUCUCCACCAGCACCAUCGACCAGCUGCAGCUCUCUCUGCUCACCGCCCCGCUCAGCGACCCGCCGAUGAGACUUUCUUUCCAUCCCGGUGCCUCACAGCUCGCCCUCCUCUCCCUCGCCCUCCUCUGCUCCAUCCCACGGACCGUCACAUCAUACCCCCACUUCCCCACCGCCUUCCUGCCCACAGUGGACGGACCCGAGCUGGAGUCUGGCCUGCUGCACCUCCAGGCUGCUCAGGAAGACCCGAGGGACGACUGUCUCGUCCAGCCCGACACCUGGGCCGAGUGGCCUCAAGACCCCCGGCCAGCCCUGCUUGAGCCCGGGGACGAGGAAGGCAGGUCCUGGGAAGAGGAGGUGCUGCCGAGGGCCCAGAGAGGGGACCUGGCGGCCUGGCCGCUGUCGCCCUUCCCCGGGGGUCACUCUCUGGAGAGCAUGCACUACCAGGAGGGAGGAGAGGGGGAGGACGGAGGGAAGAGAAAUGAAGCGCUGACCUCCAUCGCUGGAGGACUCCAAGCUGUGAGCCGGGAGAAAGGAGGAUUCGGUUUCCGCUUUGGGAGGAAAAGAUGGACUGACAGGGGAUGGAAGGAUGAAGGGAGGGCGAGCACAGAGGAGAAUAAGUGGAAGUGAUGAGGGAGGGGUUUCAACGGGAAGCAAAAAGGAGUUUGAAAGUAGAUAAAGAGGGCGAAGCUGUGAGGAGAUGAUUCAGAAAACAGGCUUCUUUCCAUGUGAGGGGGGUGAUACACUCAGCAAUUUUCUAGGCAGCAAAGAUGGCUUCCAGCAACAGGCAAUAAACAGAGUAUGCAGAGUAUUUAAAUGAUUCAUGGCAACCAAACGUUGCUGGAGAAGUUGCCCAGUGGAUCACUGCCUUGAAAAUAAGAAGCAGUACAAGGUUUAGGGCAGACUGCACUUAAGCUUGAGGAAAUAUUCGACAUAACAGGACGAAGAAAAUAAACAGAUGUUAUUUAACGCCCGUAUCAACACGACAAAAUCACCGUCAUUUAAAUUUGAAAGCGUAACAAAACUGAAGUGCAUGAAUGGUAGUAUAUGGAUUCAACACUGCACAAAGUGCCACACUGGGAUCUAAAAUGUUCUGCCAGUGUUUCACCUUCUGUGUUUGCUUCUGUGAAUCAGGGCGCAAAGAAAGCAGUGAGACACUUCUUUUUUUAGUGACUGGAUGUACACAAAGACAGAAAGAGAUCAAACGUUUAGGCUUCUCUGCAAAAGUGAAUGUAAAUGUUAAAGUAUCCAAAACAGUGUAAUAAUAUAUGUACAUAGAUAUAUACUGGAAGCAGGCCUUUGUAAAUGUGUUAAUUUGUUGGCUUGAAUAUAAGCAAUGAAUAAAGAGCUGGGAGUUGCAGACUGUAACACAAAACUCUCAACACAGA